CAAACCCCAAUGCAACAACCACAAACAAUCGGAGACCAAACUCCCUUGUGUGUUUUCCUCGUCCCUUCUGACAGUAACAUUAUAUAUAGUACACACAUACCACUACCCACCCCGCACCGUCCACAAGAAAAACAACAACGAUUCCUCAGACAACUUUACUAUCUAGCUGAAAAUACUACCCCUUUGUACUCAGUACUUUGCUCUCAAGUCAAUGGAAGAUGAGACUUUGAGUCUUGGCCUCUCCACUGCCUCCAGAAGCUACCAAUCCAGGCUCAAGUCACACUUCGAGCUAUUCAUCGAUUUUGAUGAGGUCAAUGGGGACGAGGAGUUGAGGACGGCUUAUCCAUGCCCUUUUUGCACUGAGGAUUUUGAUCUUCUUGAGCUAUGUUGCCAUAUUGACUUGGACCAUCCUGUAGAAGCCAAGUCUGGGAUUUGUCCUGUUUGUACCAUGUGGAUAGGAACAAAUAUGGUUGAUCAUAUAGCAGCACAACACGGAAACCUGUUUAAGAGUCAGCUCAAAUCAAAAUGCUACAAGGAUGAAUCCUACCCAGCUCUUUCCUUUUCAAGAAAGGGUGAACACUGGCAAUCGUUUUCUACUGGGUUAUCUGCGAUGUCUACCUCCAAGGCAGCAAGUGAUCCAUGGCUGUCAUUUUUAUGUGGUGCAUCUGCUGUUGAUGAACGUAAAAAUGUGCAGCCAGAUUCUUCACGUGAAGUAAGCAUUGAAGAACUACACUCAAAUGAUAAGGUGUUAGUAAGAGAUGUUCAACCGUCUUUAUCUGACAAAGACCAAAUAGAGAAAGCACAGCGCAGUAAAUUUGUACAGGGACUUUUGAUGUCUACUAUCCUUGAUCCUGACUUCUGAUUGAGACGAUUAAGGACAUCAGUUGCUACUUGCUAGUUUCAAUUCGAUGGGUAAAAACAAAGGAGAAAAAUAGUAUUUUCAACCUUGAAAAUGAUUCAUAGUCAUAGGAUCAAUGUUUCUGGUGUAUGCAGAGAUACACCUAGUAUAGAGGAAGUAGUCUAUAUGUAGGAAUUAAAUGUAAUGCAUAUUUAAGACAAUGCUAUUUAUUAGUUCAGAUCAAUUGCAAUAUAGUAGCUUACUGCCUCAGUGCAUGUUUGCUUUUCAGGUGAAAAAUACUUUUGAAGUAAAGUAAUUUUGUCAAAGGAUGAGAAUCUUUGCUUCUAUUUUUAUCCGUUGGACUUAAUUGAAACGGGCGAAUAACAUUUCUAA